AUGACCUAUGAUCCUUUCGAAAGAUUUUUGGACCCUUUUUAUGAUCCAACCUUUGAUUUGGGUCUUCCUUACCUUUUUGUGAGCGAUUUGACUAGAACUACCGACCGGUUUGAUCGUUGGGGGCCUCGUGAUCGUGUGGGAAAUCGUGAUAGAUGGGAUAGAUUGGGCUGGGAAGAUCGAGAAGCAAGACGUCGGGUGCCUAUUCAAGAUCGUAUACCGCGUCAUGUAGAAUCGCGUGUUAUGACUGAAAGAGAAGGAGACGUUGUUUGGAG